UCCGCCCCGCCGCCUCCUGCCGCCGGGCUCGGCGGGGCUCCGCAGGCCGCAGAUGGCGAGCAGCCCACGGGCCGGGCUGCCCCAGCGAGCAGCGGUGGCAGGAGCCAGCCCCUGGCCCUGAGGUGGGGAAGAGGAGCGUCGCCGCACCGCGCCAUGGCCCCGCGCAGUGGCCCACCUGAUGGCGGCUGGGGCUGGAUGAUCGUUGCCGGCUGCUUCCUGGUCACCAUCUGUACCAGGGCCGUGACGAGGUGCAUCUCCAUUUUUUUUGUGGAGUUCCAGGCAUAUUUUGGGCAGGAUUAUGCCAGAACAGCUUGGAUCCACUCCAUUGUCGACUGUGCCACGAUGCUCUGUGCCCCACUUGGGAGUUUAAUCAGUAAUCAUGUAUCCUGCCAAGUUGGUAUCAUGCUAGGAGGGCUGCUUGCAUCUACUGGACUAAUUUUGAGCUCCUUCGCCGCCAGCCUGGAACAUCUCUACUUAUCAUUAGGAGUCCUUACAGGACUUGGGUUUGCACUCUGUUAUUCUCCAGCUAUCGCGAUGGUGGGCAAAUAUUUCAACAAGAGGAAAGCGUUGGCUUAUGGGAUAGCCAUGUCUGGAAGCGGAAUUGGUACCUUCAUCCUGGCCCCCGUGGUCCAACUCCUAAUUGAGCAGUUUUCCUGGCGUGGGGCAUUACUCAUCCUGGGAGGUUUUGUUCUAAACCUCUGCGUCUGUGGUGCCUUGAUGCGGCCUAUCGCCCUUAAGGAGGACCGUAAAACUGCUCCGGGGCUUCUUGAACAGGAGUAUGUCCCUGAAGCUCAGAAACAAGACUUAAAGCGAAUGUCCGUCUGUUCACCUUUAAUCAAAGCAUGGUCGCAUGAGUGUUUAUGCUACUGUUCAUGGAAGGAAUAUGACUUUUUGCUGAUGCCAGGCUUCAUGGUGCUAGCAGUGUCAGUUUUAUUUAUGGCGUAUGGCUGCAGCCCUCUCUUUGUCUACUUAGUGCCUUAUGCCUUGAGCGUUGGAGUGAGCCAUCACCAGGCUGCCUUCCUCAUGUCCAUACUUGGUGUCAUUGAUAUCAUUGGUAACAUCACCUUUGGAUGGCUAACAGACAGAAGGUGUCUGAAGAAGUACCGGCACUUUUGCUACCUCUUUGCUGUGGGAAUGGAUGGCCUCUGCUGCCUUUUCUUGCCAGUUCUCCAGACCUUCCCCUUGCUUGUGCCUUUCUCAUUUACUUUUGGCUACUUUGAUGGAGCCUAUGUAACGCUGAUCCCUGUUGUGACGGCAGAUGUAGUGGGAACUUCUUCCUUAUCAUCAGCACUGGGUGUUGUGUAUUUUCUGCAUGCCAUACCGUAUCUAGUGAGCCCACCUGUUGCAGGUUGGCUUGUGGAUACAACGGGCAGUUACACCGCGUCAUUCCUCCUGUGUGGAUUUUCUAUGAUAUUUAGUUCAACGUUACUGUGUUUUGCGAGACUGGCAAAGAAAAUCAAAAGAACGCAUUUAAGGUCACUCACCAAUGAUACCCACAGCAAACAUCACAUCUGGACAAAUGGAGCAAUAGCUUACUCUGUCACUGGAGAAUUAGACCAAAAGGAUGCUGAAUUUUUGGCUGUGGAUACAAGCAGCUAUAGCAACAGAUGA